CAGGCAGAGACCUCCUGGCUGAAACGUUGUGGUGAUGACAUACAGGACUUUGAAGCUGGAAGUUUAGAGGUGCCAGUUUUGCCGCCCAGCGCUGCGUCCUGCGACGACGACGAAGACGCCACCUUCGUUGGGUUACGCGCAGCGACGCUGGAGUACUAUGAGUCUGGCGUGGUCAAUGUGAAUUUACUGAUCCACAUGGGUACAGUGCUACGAGCUGCUGCUUCUUCUGGAGGAUGGCAGCAACUCGCCAGCGUUUGUGCACCGGCGGUGUUGCAAACGCUGCUACUUCGAGAAGAGGAGCGCAUCUUCGUCGACGUUGAGGAGCAGAAAUCCCUCGAGGAGAUUUACUUGGAGGUAUUGCACGGCAUGUUUCAAGGAGAUGCGGCACUUUUCAAUGAGACGUCGCAUUGGCCCCUGCAACGUGGCUUCCAUCGUCUUCGUGAGUUGCAACGUGGCAUCAGAAAAGUGGACCUGCAGACACAGACACAGCAGUCGGUGGAUUUUGUCUUGUGUUUCUGCAGCGUUGCCAAAUCUCCAGGUGGGGGCUAUCCUGUAGUGGAGGAUGAAUUGGGCUGGCUGGCCGAGCUUUUAGCGCCACAGGCCGACUAUCGCAGCUCCACACGGAUCUUCGUGAAAGAGAAAUGUGGCGAUGCAGCUCCAGAAGGCUUUGAGGAGUCUUUACGUGCCGCCCUGCUUCCUUAUGCUCAUGUGGUGGAGGUUCAUCGUGUAGAUGAUGCCCUGAGGGCUGACGAUGCCACAGCCUAUUUACAUCACCUAAGUGGGCCCAAGUACCAAGACUUGGCCGCUUGGACCUUCUUCCUGCAUGCGGAUGCACCAGAACAUGUCCACCCUUUUCGACUUCUUGAGGAGGUGGUAUCUGCCGCACGCAGAGGAACGUUGCAGGUAGACACCUUUCCCUUCCUGUACCUUAGUCACAACUAUUUGGAUCUUGGCACUUCCAUCCACACUUGGGACAACUUUGCUUCUCCCAGGUUGUGGAAGAGGCUCUUUCAGAGCUCAAUUGCUCCACCCAGAGAGGUUGUCAAAGGAUAUUGCUGUGUGCAAUUCCUGGUGCCUCGCCCGCGGGCCCUACUGCGAACGCAACAGUGGUACAAGAACGCCCUGGAAUACUUCGCGUCUGAGUGGUCCUAUUUUCAUUUGUUUCCAAGCGGCAGGUUCGUAACGUGGCAGGACUUGACAUGCCGAGCCCCAGCGCAACUUUGGAUGCCCUGGUGGCACGUAGUCUUCGGUGAGGAGCUGAGCUGCCCCGAGCGACACUUGGAUCCACGGCUGCCGCUCUUCAUCCAACUCAGGAGUAUUCCACCAGAUCGUAUUCACUGUUGCUGAGAGAGAACUCGCCGAAAAAGUGCGC